ACAACCGCCUCCGCCGGGGACGGGGACUGGGAGGCUGUCGGGAAAACAUGGCAGCUUCCUUUUGUUGGUGGGGAUUUACUGCACUCCGAGGGGGGGUUUAAAACACAUCCCUCCGCGAGGACAGACCGAUCCGAGUCGGUUUUCCCCGCACCCGCCUGUCCUCAAAAAAACACUCGAACCAGGAGGAACAUGGAGAAGAGCGGCAGCGUCGACAGUUUGGGCUCCAAGCGCUCCUCCUCCCGGCAGCCCAGCGUCGACUCAUUGUCCAGCACUUCCACCUCCCGCUCGGACCGGUCCGCCCAGGCCAAGCCGCUCUUCGCGAUGUCCUCCGAGUCCGUGGCGACCUCCGCAGAGCUCUCCCCGGAGUUCCGGGUCCGUAGCCUGCACGUGAAGCCCAAGACUGCGGCCAAGCAGGUCUUCAGAGAUUCAGGCAAAGAAGAGCCACAGUUACUUCCAAAUGAAGCUGUGCAAGACAUGGCCCAAGAUGUGACCUAUUUCUGUCCUUUCAUUGGAGCACUGAGUGGAACAGUUUUGGUUACCAACUACAGACUUUUCUUCAGAUGCAUGGACAGGGAGCCAGCAUUCGUGCUGGACUUGCCCCUCGGGGUGGUGAGUCGCGUGGAAAAGAUUGGCGGUGCAUCGAACAGGGGUGACGUGUCCUACGGGUUGGUUUGUAAGGAUAUGCGUAAUCUACGCUUUGCACACAAGCAAAUGGAGGACACACUCAGGAAGUCCAUUUUUGAAGUGCUGGUCAAAUUUGCGUUUCCUGUUUCCAACGGGCUGCAAAUAUACGCCUUUGAAUAUGGGCAAGUCUUCCCCGAGAACGGAUGGAAGGUGUACGACGCUCUCUCGGAAUACAAAAGACAGGGUAUACCUAAUGAAAGCUGGAGGAUAACAAAAGUAAACGACCACUAUGAGGUUUGUGACACAUACCCGUCCACUCUGGCGGUGCCUGUCAACAUACCGGACGAAGAGCUCAAGAGAGUUGCUGCCUUUCGAGCAAAGGGAAGGAUACCAGUGUUGUCAUGGAUCCAUCCAGAGAGCCAGGCGACGGUGACGCGCUGCAGUCAGCCCAUGGUGGGCGUCAACGGGAAGCGCAGCAAAGAGGACGAGAAAUACCUCCAGGCGAUCAUGGACGCUAAUGCUCAGUCCCACAAACUCUUCAUCUUUGAUGCGAGGCCCAGCGUCAACGCUGCUGCAAACAAGAUGAAAGGCGGCGGUUAUGAAAGCGAGGACGCGUAUCAGAAUGCCGAGCUGGUGUUCUUGGACAUUCACAAUAUCCACGUGAUGAGAGAGUCGCUCCGUAAGCUGAAGGACGUGGUCUACCCCAACAUCGAGGACUCCCACUGGCUCUCCAAUCUGGAGUCCACCCAUUGGCUCGAGCACAUCAAGCUGAUCCUGGCAGGAGCGCUGCGGAUCGCAGACAAGGUGGAGUCGGGGAAAACCUCAGUGGUGGUGCACUGCAGCGACGGUUGGGACCGCACCGGCCAGCUCACCUCCUUGGCCAUGCUCAUGCUGGAUGGCUACUACCGCACCAUCCGCGGCUUCGAGGUGCUGCUGGAGAAAGAGUGGCUGAGCUUUGGUCACCGCUUUCAGCUGCGCCUCGGUCAUGGCGACAAGAACCACACGGACGCAGACCGCUCGCCUGUUUUCAUCCAGUUCAUCGACUGCGUCUGGCAGUUGACUCGCCAGUUUCCUGCAGCGUUUGAGUUUAACGAGUACUUUCUGGUAACCAUCCUGGACCACCUCUACAGCUGCCUCUUUGGCACCUUCUUGUGCAACAGCGAACAGCAGCGGUUGAAGGAGGAGAUUCCCAAGAGGACGGUGUCGUUGUGGUCGUAUGUAAAUAGCCAGCUGGAGGAGUUUACCAAUCCCAUGUAUGUCAACUACUCCAACCACGUGCUGUUCCCUGUAGUCAGCCUACGUCACCUGGAGCUCUGGGUUGGCUACUACAUCCGCUGGAACCCUCGUAUGAGGCCUCAGGAACCUGUUCAUCAGCGUCACAAGGAGCUGCUGGCGAAGCGGGCGGAGCUGCAAAAGCGAGUGGACGAGUUGCAGCGCGAAGUGACGAACCGCUCGGCCUCUUCUUCCUCUGAGCGCACGGGCUCGCCCACGCGCUCCAUCACCCCUGUGCAGACCUUUGUCUGACACAACUUUGACAGCGCAGCAGACGCCGAAUCCUACCUGAGAGAAGUUGACCAAAGGCGGUAAAUCAGUUGGCCGAACGCGGCGUUGACGCACGGCCACCGAACAAGAGUCUGAUGCGUUUCUACCUCUCACAGGUCGUGCGGAGUCUGCUUUACUACAGCCAUAUUGUACUCUUCCUCCGGGGUCGAGAGGACAUGUAACCAGAAUAGUGAGAACAUAAUCACCUACAAUCAGUGUUGAAUCUUUGGCGCACACUAAAAUAUUGCUCGGGUUAAAUAUGCACGCCUUGUACACUUCAUAGGGACUCGACUGCAAAUGUUUAGAUAAUGAAAGCAGUGCGGAAGAAGCAACUGUGAAGAUGUACAAUCGCUGCAAAAAUGAUUUUGAGCUUUAGUACUAAACACAACUAAAUGGCUCAGAGUUGUUAGAUUUUGUUUAACGUAGCUGAAGGGCAGCAAUACUAGCUCAAGUCAGUGCUUUUAGGUUGUUGUGACCAAAUAGCCAUGUCUUGUUGUUUUUUUAAAUACGUAACGUUUCACAUAUGACAUUCCUCAGUUUUGUUUUUCUAACUAGAUAUUUAUUAUCCUUUAUUCCUGUAUUUAUGGUUUACAGACACACACACACACACGUUCUCAUGUCAUACAUUGGUUAGAGACGCUACCACGCGAGAUUAAAACCCACGCAGAAUAUGCAACGGUUAAUUUCUUUGAGUUAAUCGUCAGCUAUGUAGUCAAAUAUGGAUAUGUUAUCAUUUCUUAGUUAUGCUUUUUAAACCUAGUAUCAGACGAUUCGAAUGUGUAACAACGAAUUGGCUUUGGGUGUUUUCAUAUUUUAAUGAAGAACUGUGCCUUGAUCUGAAUGACUGAGUUGGAUAAUUAAAAGAGAAAAGUGUGCACAGUUUUUGAAAUGCCAAGAGAAAACAAUACAUUUUUCCUUCCACUGUCCAUGUGAAUACUUCCAAUAAAAACAACUCAAUUUCAA